AUGUCAACGAAGAGCAGUAGUAUUCAUGGAAGGAAUGAAGUGAAGAUGGAAGGGGAAAAGCGUAAAGACGUUGAGUCGGAAUCAACUCAUGUUACUCUGAAUGUGAAGGGUCAAGAUGAGGAAGGGGUUAAAGUCUUCCGGGUGAGAAGGAAGGCUAGGCUUCUUAAAUUGAUGGAAUAUUACGCCAAAAUGAGAGGCAUAGAGUGGAACACAUUUCGCUUUCUAUCUGAUGAUGGCUCAAGAAUUCGAGAGUAUCAUACAGCUGAUGACAUGGAGCUGAAAGAUGGAGAUCAAAUCGAUGCAUUGUUGCCUCAAGAAAGUGGUUUUGGUCCUUCUACAGUAUUUAGAGUUUGA